AUGCAUCCUUCUCUCCAUCUCCUCCACCACCUCCUUCUCCUCCUUUCACUCACCCUGACCCUUCCCUUCUCCCCCACGUCGUCGCUGCCGCUCCACCUCUCCAAAACCACCCACCUCCGCCGCGCCAAGUCCGCCCCCGCCCCGCCCCAGCAAUACAUCGAAGUCACCCGCCCCCUCCCCUUCGACUCCCUCACCCCCUCCUGCAUCCUGCCCCUCCUCUCCCACACCUUCUCCGCCCCCACCGCCAACGCCACCUACUCCCCCCCCGCCAACUGCUCCUGGUCCAACGCCGUCCUCCACUUCUCCGCCGCCUCCAACGGCUCCCACCGCGGCCGCAUCGCCGCGGUCUGGCUAUCCGGCGCGGAGCUCGCCCGCUCCAGCACCCCCGACCCCACCCCCGAGGGAACCUUCUGGAACUUCCGCAAGGACGUCACCCGCUACGCCUCCCUCCUCCGCAGCUCCAACCUCACCCUCUCCAUCGCGCUCUACAGCCUCGUCGGCCACGUCACCAACGACACCUACGACGUCAACGUCACCUUCCUCUACUACGACGUCAACAAAACCGAUCACGCCGCCCCGUUAACGUUGAUCCGGCCGGAAAAGAGCUCUGAAUCGCUCGAAUUGAAUCAAAAUCCGGCGGAUCUGAUCGUGCCGAUCUCUGCGCCGGGAGACGGAGGCCACUGGUUCAGAAUCGACAACGGAUCGGAUUCAAUCUCGAGAAACAUUCAAAUUCCGUCCAACACUUACAGAGCCGUGAUCGAGAUCUACGUUUCGCCUCAUGACAGAGACGAGUUUUGGUACUCAAAUCCACCGGAUUACUACUUGGAAAUCAAUAAUAUCCCGAUUAAAAGAGGCCACGGCUCGUACCGAGAAGUCGCCGUGAAACUCAAUGACAACGUAGUCGGAUCAGUGAUUCCUUUCCCGGUGAUCUACGGCGGAGGAAUCGAUCCUCUGUUCUGGCAGCCUCUGGUUUCAAUCGGAGCAUUCGAUUUCCCCUCUUACGAGAUCGAAUUGACGCCGUAUUUAGGCAUCAUGCUCGAAAAGGGGAACAAUCUGCAUUCCCUAGGGCUCGAGGUCACCGAUGCGCUUCCCUACUGGCUAAUCGACGCAAAUCUGCACCUCUGGAUCGACAGCAACGGAGAUAGCGUCACCGCUGGCCCGAUCGAGUACAGAGAUCCACGGAAGCGGCUAGAACGCGAGUCGAAAUUCCACGAUCUGGACGGAAAAUUCAAGGUGGAAGGGGAGACAAAGAGGGAGGCGUCAGGGUGGGUGAACUCCAGCGCCGGAAAUCUGACGACUCACGUGUACGGUAAAGUGGAAUUCGAGAGCAAGCUAGUGCUGAAGCACGGCGGGAGGAAGGUGAGGGUGAGGCAGUCGGUGAGGGCGGUGGAGGAGGUGCGCGUGAGAUCUGACGCAGGGCACUCGGUAGCGGAGAUGGCGCGUGAGAGGAGGUAUCCGCUGCAGGUGAGGGCGAGGGUGAUGCCGGGAUCGGAGAAUGAGACGUACUGGAUCGCGGCGGAGGUGGAGCACGCGAUGAAGGAGGAGAAGAAGGGGAGUGGAGGGAUGAGGAGCGAAUCGGAGAACAGGCAGAAGAGCAGGGGGUGGAUGUUUGUGCGGGAGUGCGAGAUAUUGUCGGGGGCGGCUGCGACGUCGCAGAGCUACUACGCCAAGGAUGGGAAGGGAUGCUAUGCGCGCCAUGUUUUGGCGGAUGGCGGGGCGGUGAAGAAUGACACGCACAGCUUCGUGUGCGCGCACACUGCUGCUUCCUAA